AUGUCAGAAGACUAUGAAACAUACAAGCUCUGGCGAAUCAAAAAAACUAUACUUAAAAUGUGUCACGACAGAGGCUAUCUUGUUAUGCAGAAGGAAUUAGAUCAAACGUUGGAGGAAUUUAAGGAAGCCGUAGGUGACCCGCCUAGUCGCAAGGACUUGCUAAUGGUUGUCAACCAUGAAGAAGAUCCCGCCGACAUGUUGUAUGUUUUUUUUCCUGAGGAAGAAAAAGUCAAUAUGAAAACCAUCCGUGCCUAUGUCGAUCAAAUGCAGCAGGAUCACACAUAUAAGGCUAUACUAGUACUUCAGGAGCGUGGUCUUACUCCGGCAGCCAAAACCGCUAUCGCUGAAAUGGCUCACAAGUACACUCUUGAGUCUUUUUAUGAAAAUGAGCUAAUGGUAAAUAUAACCGAGCAUCAGUUAGUACCACAACACAGUGUGCUUACCACUGAGGAAAAGAAGGAACUCCUUGAUAGAUACCGUCUGAAAGAAAGCCAGCUUCCAAAAAUGCAGGCAAGUGAUCCUGUUGCCCGGUAUUACGGGUUGAAGCGCGGUCAAGUGGUACGAAUAAAUCGUCCGUCAGAGACCGCUGGUCGUUACAUUACGUACCGCAUUGUAGUAUGA